GGGGACUGGACCAAUUUUGGGUUAUGGCUUAAAAUACUUGUUUUUUUCCUUUUGGUAACUACUUCUGUGGUUUUUAACAGGUACUGUGCAGAGCUCUGACUCUGCUGGCAGACGGACUCACAGAUAAAGGAUCAUCCCAUGGAAUAAAACACGUAUCCUGUAUAUCAGUUUGAGGUUGAAUUAAUCUUUAUUUCAUUUAAUUUGACCUCUAAACAAACUUGUUUUUUGUUUUUCCAAGAACUGAAACGGUAAGUGUCUUAGUAAAUAUAUUUUAGCUUCUAUUUGAGUUUCUUGACCUACAGAUAAUAGUAUAUUCAGUAUUGUUUACAAUAAGAGGAAACUAUAUUCCACAGCUUUAUUCUACAGUUCCACAGUUGGUUUAACAUUCUGCAUUCAAAACAUUUUUGAUUGUUAAAGUAAUAUUUAACAUUUGAAAUUGACUAUUUAGCUUUGAAUAAUUUGUUUAAGCCUUCUGGGUGCGACACAACCCUACCUAGUCUACACAUUCUUUAUUCCUUUUAUUGGCCAUAUUUAAUGAAUGGAUCUUGAGACAGAACAAAGAUGUGGAUAAUUUCACAAACAUUCAAAACUCGGAGCCACCCCAUACUGUAGUUAAAGUGCUCGCUGCAGGGACACAAGUCUAUUACAAAAUGAUAGACUAAGCAAAUAAGUAAUUUUUGUGUACGUCAUACAUCUCAUUCAUUGUAUUUAGAGAUUUGACACUGCUGAUAUAACUAAUGAGUGCUAUGACAGAGUGGGUCUAUAAAAAGCCUUCCCUGAGACCAGCCAGUUAUGUGGCUUCUGGGGCCUUACUGUGGUAAAGGGUGUGGGAGUGCUAAGGGAGGGAGCAGGCCUUUCACAACACGUGGCAAAGGCAAGGAAACGCCAAACUCCAGUUCCACAGCAAAGACUCUUCGCUCACAUGAAAAACCCUCUUUGAAGAACAAACGAUUUCAAUGUUCUUAUUUUCAACAAGAAUCCUCUAACUGAAGGCUUAUCUGAGAUUAUUCCAAAAUGCCAUAGGGCAUCUAUUGAUAGUUUGCAAUACAAUCCUGCUAAUAAAUAUUGACAGAUGACACACACUGUACUAUAUUACACAGAAUGACUUAUACGUAAUGAGGGAACUGUCUUUUGCAAUAUGUUAUUGGAUCUGAGAUUCUACCAUUUUAAUGCAUAAAUCAAAGAAGGUACAGCCUCAGCUAAAAGCAAAUAAUUCAUGAGAGCAGAUGUCAUAGUUACAGACCCAAAGACAACAUAGUAUCCAUGGUCCAUGAUUUUACUGCCUCUUAUACCAACCACAAAAUUGAUGGGAAGAGUAAGAUUGGCUUUUAAGAGAGAACGCCUAUGACAUAUAUGAUAGAUCACAUCUUGAGAUUGAAGCCUAACAAACAGAUGUAUGAAAGCCAGGGUGUAUUUCAUUCUUUGUCACUGGCUACAAUUGCUUUUGGAAUGACUUUUGCUCUGGAGUGGCAAUGUUGACAAUGAGAUUCCUCUGGACUGGAGGAGUGAACUGUAACACAAUGCUAGUUAUACUGCCCUACAAAGGCAAAUCACAGUAACUACGAAUUUGGUCAAACAUAUUUGAUCUGUUGUAAUAGUAAAAUGUUUAUAAUGAGGAGCAACUCUCCAAUUGUAGGCUACAGGAAUUAUAGCUAGAUAGUUGCUGUAUUCAUAACUGUGGCACUUUAUUGACUGCUGCUAAUUUCUGUGUGCUUUUUUGUCUUCCCCUUGUAAUUUCUCUUCAACAAAAGGCCUAGCCAUGCUUCCCUUCUCUGUUGUCCUUUUCCUGCUGUGUGCCACCCCUCUUCCCACCCCCUCUGUGGCCCUGCCCUUUGAGCAGAAGGGCUUAUUGGACUUUGGGAAGAGCAUCGAUGUAGAGGGGCUGAUGAUGAUGAUGAACGAUGAAGAGGAAGGCUCAGCGGUUGAGGAAUACUAUAAACCAGAAUACUAUAAACCAGAACAGCCUACUUGCCCAUUCGGCUGUCAGUGUAACCAGAAUGUUGUGCAGUGCUCUGACUUGGGUGGGUGAAGAGAUACAAUGUCAUAAUUUCAUAAUAUCACAUUGUCUCCAAAUUAUUCUUCACACUGAACAUACAAUUGUUAAUGUGUAGCCAGCAGUCACACUGCACAUCUGCACGUUGCUUUUUAGUGCUACGUGGAGUCAUGGCCAUCUGAUUUCUUCUUAAUUAUAUGGUGACAGCUGAGCUCACACAUAAACAACAAUAUAUUGUAUGCGUACAAACCAUAGCCCAGAGCAUUACUCAGCAUUGACCAAAUUACAGUAUGACGAUAAAUUCUAACUCGUGGAUUUAUCCUGAUAUAACCUUAAGAGUGAGAACACACUGUGUGUGUCUGAUAUUGUCAUGAUUCAUAGAUUUUUAUGAAAAUGUAAAGCAACAAUAACACAAUAUAUUAUAUUGCAACUGAUUUGUUAUCAUUGUGAACUGACAGAAUGUGGUAAAGCAUGUCAAAUCAAGCAGGUAAGUGCAUCUCGUAGUUUCUAUCCGCAGGUUUACACUAUGUGCCAUAUGACAUCCCCCCGGAGACCAGGCUCCUGGACCUUCAAAGCAACCAGAUCACUGAGAUAAGAGAGGAUGACUUCAAGGGACUCAGUAACCUCUAUGUGAGCACAAGCAGUCAAAACACAAAUGGUGGAAGAGAGUUCUGGCAUUUCAAUAGAAAACGUCACUUGUCUGUCUUUGCUUUUUUCAUCGUAGCGCCCCCUUUCAGUAUCCUAACUGAAAAGAUGCAUACUUUUAAUGACGUGUCUUCAAAUAAUAUAUUGUAGAAUGUGUGGGUUGUUCUUGAAUUGCGUUGGCAUUUCCGUCCCUUGCAUUUGCAACCAUGAAAAGCACUUUAAAAUGACAAAUAGUUACACAUCAUACAUGUUUUUGUUUGUAUUGAACAAAGUCCUUUAUACUGCAAAAUGUAUGUUUAUGCAUUGUUUAAAGUACUUAGGGUAAGCAAAUUGGCUUGUCCCAGUAGUGAUUUGUAGAGUUGUGGUGACAUGUUUUGGCGAUUUAGAGAUAUCCAUCAGUUAUUUUCAAUGAUAGAAAGUGAACAAAAUUAAUUAACAGUAUUGUAUAGAUCAAUAAAAACAAAGAAGCUAUUAAAAUACUUUUUUUUACUAGAAUAAUGUCUCUCCCUCAGUUGUAUGUCAUUGGUGUUAUAGCCUUGAAAAUCACUCAUUACAAAGAUUUACAAGGACCUUCAGCAUUCCCUCCAGUGGCAAACUGUUAUCGGGGGAGGGGUAUAUAUAUUAAAUAAAAUUAUUAGCUAAUCACACCCUUUUACUAUGUUAUAAAUUUAAGGAUUCCAUUUAUAAUUUGGUGUGUCUAAAUCAAAAGUGUCACUUGGUGUUACUCAAUUCAAAUGAAGGAAAUAACAUUGUGAGCGAAAAAUCACUUUAGUAAAUUAUUUUUUAAAGGGUUAAUGAACUUACAUUUGAGGAUCUGUGGCCUCCAUUUAAGAAAAUCCUCAAUAACCAAAAAUGUCUCAUUGGUGUUAGCAUCAUUGGUUUUACUACUCCUACUGGUGGCACAAUGUUAUCCUGACGGUAACACAUAUUUCAAGUAAUUAAGCUGCCAUAUUAGCUGAUGUAGAAUGGAAAGAUGUACCCAAAUACAUUUAAAUAAAACGUUCAUUUUUUCCAAAAUGCCAUGCCUAAAUGCCACCGCAAUUCAAGAACGACCUGUAUAUAACACACAACUUUUUCUAUAAUUGUAAUGGGCUGAUUCUUAUCUGUGUUUGAAUACAUAAUGGUUUAGUAUUACAUUGACAACAUUGCUUGUAUCAAUCUGUGAGUGAUGGUCUAUAUCUAUUUUGGAUUGGGGUGGCUGGUCUCCUCAUGACCUAUGCCUCCUUUCUCAGGCUCUAGUGUUGGUGAAUAACAAGAUCUCCAGGGUGCACCCGCGGGCCUUCAUGCCCCUCAAAAGGAUGCACAAGCUCUACUUCUCCCACAACCAGCUGACAGCCGUACCCAAGAACCUGCCCUCUUCCCUGGUGGAGCUGCGCAUCCACGACAACCACAUCAAGAGGGUGGCGGCCGGGGCUUUCUCUGGCCUGGGCAGCAUGAACUGCAUUGGUGAGAUGGCAAGCUAUAGUUAAGAAAGACCUUAGGCCAGAUGUACUAUGUGUUAGCACCAGAUUUAAAGUUAGCAACUGUUUUUUUUCUUCAGUUUGGAAACACCAAAACACAUCUAACAUCUUAAUGUCUUUGAAGUGUAAAUCUAGCCGCUUUUAGUACUGGAGCAGGUUUUGGCAUUGACUUAAAACACAUACUUUUCUUCCACAGAGAUGGGGAGGAAUCCUAUUCAGAACAGUGGUUUGGAGCCCGGAGCCUUUGAUGGACUCAAACUUACCUUCCUUCGUAUUUCUGAGGCAAAACUCACAGGCAUCCCUAAAGGUAGAAAACAUGACAACCUUUAUAAUACUUUUAUUUGGAGUGUUCUGCAAAGCUGCAGGGCAAUAUUUGUUUCAUUGCAACUUCCCACACAUUUCCACUGAAAAGUCCUUUGAAUCUACCGGUCACCUGUUUUCCCUCACCUUCUAGAUCUCCCUGAGGGUCUACAUGAGUUGCAUUUGGAUCACAAUCAAAUUCAAGCCAUUGAACUAGAAGACCUAAGACAAUAUGAGAGUUUGCACAGGUAUGUCUGGACAAGUAGCUUUACAAGAGGGUGUUCAAUGUCCGAGAGUUUCUAAAAGUCCAUCACAUUAUGAAUGUAUGAGGAGUUUAUGAAUGCUGUAGAUGUUCACUACUCAUCUUCAAAGGCAAAAACAUAUAAUUAGAAAAUAAAAAAGCAUAUAAGUAACAACAGCAUAAUGGGAGAGUCAUUGUUGAAGUUGCACAAAAUAAAUUAUGUCUGGUAUCAUCGUGAUAGUAGCACCCUCUAGUGGGUUUGCCCUUCAUUGUCUCAUCAAUCACUCGAUUUCUAUGUGUGUGUGUGUGUGCGUGCGUGCGUGUGUCUCUGUGUCUGUGUGUGUUAGGUUGGGUCUAGGCUACAAUCAUAUUCACCUCAUUGAGCAUGGCAGCCUGUACUACCUGCAAAACCUGAGAGAGCUGCACCUAGAGAACAACCGGAUCCCCAAUGUCCCUGGAGGCCUUGCUGGAAUGAAGUAUCUGCAGGUAAAGUGUGGAGGGGGGUUGUGAAGCAGCAUCAAUCACAUCGACAUUGGUGAUUUCACUUGCUAUGUUAUGUUGUGCUAUGUUAUGUUUUUAUGUUAUGUUGAUAACAGUUGAUAUAUGUAAUGUUUUUUAAAAUAGGUGGUCUACCUUCACUCCAACAACAUCAGCCAGGUUGACGUGAAUGACUUCUGCCCUAACGGCUUUGGUGUCAAGAAUACUUAUUACAACGGGAUCAGUCUCUUUGAUAACCCAAUCAACUACUGGGAGGUGGUGCCGGCCACCUUCCGCUGUGUCAGCAACAGGAUGGCUGUACAGUUUGGCAACCACAAAAAGUAGUGCAUGAGAGGCACCAGCUGCAGAGGAAUACAUGCAACUCAGAUACAAAAUAACUAACUUUGUAACACAGUUAAAAAACAAUUCAUUGAUAGAAAGAGCCUGAUGUAUGGUAAACGAUAGAUAACUAAAACAUAACUGAAGUCUGUUUUGCAUGCAUGGAGUGGGUGAUAUUGUAUGUUGGAAAGAAAUUGGUCAUCCAUAUCAUAUCAAUCAAAUUUAAUUUCAAUAAGAAAAAAAGAAAAAAAGUAUGUUACCUUCAAUUAAGCUGGUCCAUAGCAAUUUGGGAUUCUCUGUGAUUUUGUUUGUUUGUUUUUGUUUUAUCUCAACUGACCUGACAACUGAUCUCAAAUUCUGGAUAUAGAAGAACAAUACAAGCUGACAGUUGAAAGCACCUUCAGAAGAAU